UAUUAUUCUUUGCAUAAUAAUUCCAGGGGUUCUCAUGUGGGACACUCACACAUGAAAACAUACAAAUGUUGCUGGGAAAAACUGGAGGCACUGGUGGAAUAUGCCGUCAGAGAAGAUGUAUUUGCCAAUCUGACAUCGACCGAGCCUGCAUACACUCUAAUGCAAGUGGUGAACAGCACAAUCCCUACAAUUGUAGCCCAUGUUGGAAAUGCAACAGAAGUGGAGAGCUAUGUUCCCCAGAGUUCUAGUGAGACGGAGUGUCUCAGUGAGUUCUGCAGUGAGAACUGUGGACUCUGUAGAGCCAGUUGUGAGCUCCACCGACUGAGGACUGGAGUAGAGGACCUGACUGGACUCCUCGAGACUGACUACGUCUCCCCCUGUGAUGUCUGUGUCAGCACUGCCGUCCAGGCCGAGACUGUUGAAAUGGGGAAUCUACUGGAGAGCAUUGGAGACCAGCUCAUCCCUUCCACCUCCUUCUACUGUGUACAGCUGGUUCUGAUGCCACUCUCUGAGUGUGGCCAGCUACUUGGGCUCCUGGAGAGAGUGGAGAUGCUCACAUCCUCCAUGAAUGACAGUCUGUCGGCCCUCCACAGCUCCCAGUCUUUGUCCAAUCUUCAACUGGUGGUGGAGAGACUUAGCAGCUCAGUUCUCCCACACACAAGACUCUCUCUUGAGUCAAUGGAGAUGACGAGUUGUCCUGCACUGUUAGAGCUGGCCACUGGCCCAGAGUGUGAGUCAGUGACCCCAACUCAGAUAUCAGAGGAAGUGGAGGGUCUAGUGCCUGGCAGUGGGUGUGGUCUGGAGCCAGGACUAGUGGUGGGACUACGGACUCUCAAUCUCCUCAGAUACAACUACAGUCACCUCCUGAACAGACUUCACUUCCUAGGACUGUUAUAGCUAGUCCUAUGAUCCUUAUGUAUGUGCUCAUGAUAACAAUUAUCACUUAUAUUAAGUAUUAUAUUAUCAAACACAGUUUUAUUACCACUGCAUAAUUAUUUGUCAGUU